AUUCAAAGAAGAUUCUUUUCUUAUUAUAACCAUGUCUGCUGACCACACGAGAGAUCCUUGUCCCAUCGUCGUUUUAAGUGAUUUUGGAGGAGCCUUUUCCAUGGGUGUCAUCGGUGGGUGCGUGUGGCACGGGAUCAAGGGAUUCCGUAAUUCUCCCUACGGAGAAAGAGGCUACGGAACCAUUUCCGCCAUCAAAUCCAGAGCCCCUGUCGUGGGUGGUAACUUCGGUGUUUGGGGUGGAUUGUUCUCCACGUUCGAUUGUUCUGUCAAAGCCAUCAGAAAGAGAGAAGAUGCCUGGAAUGCCGUCAUUGCUGGUUUCUUCACCGGUGGAGCUUUGGCCAUCAGAGGAGGAUGGAGACACACCCGAAACUCCGCCAUCACUUGCGCUUGUUUGUUGGGAGUAUUUGAAGGAGUUGGUAUGAUGAUGCAAAGAAUGACUGCCCAACCAACCAUGGCUCCGGCGUACCCUGAGGAUGUCAAGCCAUUGUCUGCUUAGACCCCAAUAGCACUUUUAAUGAUCGAAUCCCCCUCAUCCACAGCUCAGUUGACAAUGUCUAUUGGGUGAUGCCACCAAUGGGUUCUGGAUGAUAAUGCCCUCAUUUCGUUUCCUUCCGUUGCCUUAUAAUGUUUUGAUGAGUCUACAUCAGUCUUAUUGUAUAUACAACUUGUACAUAACCUUAUAGAAGAAUUUCUAGCUGAUAUUGUGUAGGGCUUGAUAAGAAGACCA